CGUUGAUUUUAAUUAGCUUUCAUUUGUUUGGAACUAAAAUUACGCCUUUUAUUCUCUUAUUUUCUCUUUUCCUCUUUGCAAAAACUACAACAAACAAGAAUGCAGCGCAAUCCACCCAAUUCAUCUGCAUUUUUCAUUCACCUUGACAAACCUCAACCAUUGUCACCUAACUUUAAUUUUUGCUUUGUCUGGUUCUGUUUUCAUUAACUUUUUUCCCAUUUCAUUAACCAGCCUGCGUUUUCUCCCUAUAUAAUUUGUGAUUUGACCAUAAAAUUUCAUAGCUCAAAACACCCAAUUAGUUUCACUUUCUUUUUCUUGUAACAACAAAGAACAAGAUGGGUGAUGGAGAAAAAUUUCAAUUGGGAACUAUCGGUGCACUGAGUCUAUCUGUGGUGUCAUCUGUGUCGAUUGUGAUUUGUAACAAGGCGUUGAUGAGUACAUUGCAUUUCAUUUUCGCUACAACAUUGACAAGUUGGCAUCUUCUUGUUACAUUUUGUUCUCUUCAUGUGGCACUAAAAAUGAAAUUUUUCGAGCACAAGCCUUUUGAGCAGAAAGCAGUGAUGGGAUUUGGAAUUCUAAAUGGAAUCUCGAUUGGGUUGUUAAAUUUGAGUCUGGGUUUCAAUUCUGUUGGAUUCUAUCAGAUGACAAAGUUGGCAAUAAUUCCGUGUACUAUUCUACUGGAGAUUCUUUUUCUUGGAAAGAAAUUCAGUAGAAGAACCCAAUUUUCUCUUGUAAUCCUACUUUUGGGUGUUGGAAUUGCAACAAUCACUGAUUUACAACUCAAUGCGUUGGGCUCUUUCUUGUCUUUUCUGGCAGUGAUAACAACAUGUGUUGCUCAAAUUAUGACAAAUACCAUCCAGAAAAAGUUUAAGGUUUCUUCUACUCAACUUCUAUAUCAAUCAUGUCCAUAUCAGGCAGCAACCUUGUUGAUAAUCGGACCAUAUUUGGAUAAAAUUCUCACUGAUCUAAAUGUUUUUGCUUUCAAGUACACAACACAAGUGACGUUUGCCAUCGUUCUUUCAUGUCUUAUUUCUAUCUCGGUCAACUUUAGUACAUUUCUUGUAAUUGGAAAGACAUCUCCAGUUACCUACCAAGUCCUUGGACAUCUUAAGACAUGUCUUGUACUGGCUUUUGGUUACGUUAUUGUACGUGAUCCUUUUAGUUGGAGAAACAUACUAGGAAUUUUGGUAGCCAUGGUUGGGAUGCUUAUGUAUUCCCACUUUUGCAUUCUUGAGAAUCAACAAAAAUCAAUUGAAACUGCAGCACAAGCAUUACAGGCAAGAGAAGGGGAAUCUGAUCCCCUCAUUAACGUGGAAAAUGGAAGUACAAUAUUGAACAAGAGACCCCCUAUUUGGAAUAAGGAAAAAGACUAACUCUAUAAGAGUACAUUCAAUCUCCACUAAGAAUAGUAAAUCCUUAGUGGAAUUAUAUCCUAAGUUAAAAAGUUUGACAUACUCAAAAUUUAAAUACCAUGGUGAUUUGAUUCACUCGUUACAAUUAGUUUAGUGUUGUGUGCAUUAGUAGUCAACUAACAAUAUAUUAUUAGCGGAAAGAAGUUCAUGGUAUUAUUCAAGUUUGGGCCAACAAAUUUGGCUCGAUUUAACUUGUACUUGUAUAUUUUAAACAUCAUAUUUCAUAUGUAUAUAAAUGACAAAACUACAUCUUACAAUUA